CACAGAAGGCUGAAGGAAAGACCAAUUAUUGGCGGCACACCGUUGCUCAGUUUUUUUCAUUUCAGUUGAUGGCCGAAGAAUCUGAAGGCAGGGUUGAAGAAAUUGAUGGCUCUGAGAGCUACGCAAGCAUGAAGUCUACUUCUGCUACUAACAUCGUUGCUAUGGCUGCCGAAGAGUUUGAAAGCUCCACAACUACAUUAGCAGCGAAGUUGGGGCAGUAAUUAUAACUGGUGAUAGUGAGGUAGAGGGGGACGACGGCUGCGGUGACCCGGUGGACGGUGGCAAUAGCAUCACAGGCAAAGACUCCCAGGAUGAGAAUGCAGACGAUACUACAGAUGUUAGUAACGGCAAAGGUGAUGAUUGUGAUGGCAGUGGUGGAGGCGAUGAUGGACCCAGAUGUGUCGUCGCUCUAAAGGAAAAGGAAGAGAUUCAAGACCUGAAUAAUGAGCUGGAGACAUUUAUGGCAGAGGUCAAACAAAGAUUUUGUUCGUACAAAGAGGAUUUGAAGGCACUGGCUGAGGAGAAGAAGGACUACUAUGAGAAAUGGCAGUGUGUGGAGAAGGAGUUCAUCAGCCUCAAGGAGAGAUCCGAGAGGAGUGAGUUGGAGUAUGAGAGGGAGAUACAGAGGGUGACUCAGAGCAGGAACGGGUUUGAGGCCAAGUGGGAGAGUGCAAAGAAAACUAUAAAGGAAAGGGAACUUGAAAUUCAAAAGAGAAUGAGAGAGAGAAUGGACAUCAUUGACAGCGAGAGGAAACAGUGGGGAGACAUCAUUCAAAAACUAAAGAAAGAAAAGAUUCAAGCUGCAAUUACGAAAACAAGAAAGAAGUUGGAAGAGGUUGAAGUAGUAGAAGUACACGAGUUGACUGCUACUGAGGAAGAAGAAAAAUGCCAUGUCUGUUCACAAUGCAACAUUUUCCAGCAAGAGCGUGAUAAAAAAAUUGAGGAAUGUGAUAAAUCAAGGAUUGAGUAUGAGAAACUUAGACAAAAGUUUAUACAUACUGAGAAACGCCACGUGGAAGAGAAGAAGAAACUACAUGUUCGGGUGACUGAAAUUGAGGAAUCUUAUAUUCGUUCAACAGUCAGUGGUGGUCCAGUUGUUUUCUCUGGAAUCAACCUGACGGCUGACAUUGAGAAGUAUCGUAAACUGAUUGACGAUACUAAAAGUUAUGCUGAGUGAAGAAAGCUGAAAUGUUGACCGUAUUCUUAUGUAAUCAACAACAGAAAACAAUUUUUGUUAGAAGUGUUUGUUUGCUGCUCAUCACCUAUUCUGUUUUGUGAAAUGACUUGGCAAUGUAACUUUCACUGAAAAUGCAUAAAACUAUCAUAGAUUAUGACCUUGCUCACAAGAGCAGUUUCCAUGCGUCACCCCAC